AAAUUUUUAAAUUUUUCAGUUUUUUAAAAAUUCUUCAGAACAAAGACUGGCGCAUAGUCAGUUAUAUCGCUUCGUACCACUCGGCAAGCAACGCGUGUGCAUGAAGACGAUUAAUAAAAACAUUUAUGGCCAAUAAUUUCAUAUAGAAAUUGCAUUUAUAGACUGAAAACAAGUGGACAAAGACGAAGGACAAAAACCAGAACUACGUCAGCAAAUACAGCACCAUAGAACUCGUAUAUAAUGUCGUUUGAAGCAGCGCUCUAUCGGCAAUUCGACUUACCUUGCGAUCAAUUCACAAAUAAAAACAAACAACAGCCAGAGGCUGAGUUAGUAACAACAACGGAAGAGGAAGAAGCUGAGCAAGAGGAAAACGAAGUGGAUAAAGACCGCCAACCUUCAUCAACUUCCCAACAACAACAAAGGGAACGUGCUGCACACUUUCCAUCAUCAGUACGCGCAGAAUUUGCAGCUAAACCACGAAAAAUCAAGCCAUUCCCAUUACCUUUUCUCCCACCAGGGCAAAAUUUCCAUAAGAGUUGCAGCGGUCACACACUAUUUCCGCCAGCAGUGCCUAACUCCAGCAAACCAACGCUGGUCGAGUCACAUCAUACGUGUACGAAUAAAUCACCUGUAGCUCAGCCGCAGACCUACAAUCUCGUGCAACAGAUAAUACAAACCAUUGGCGAAUUAGAGAAUACGAUACUGGAGGAUCGUCAAAACGAUUUCAAUUUGCGUAUUGCAUACGAGCGACAAACAGAGAAGUUAAAGAAUAUGUGUCACUCUUUAGAUAAAGAAAAAGAACGUAAUGUGCGUUUGAUGGAAUUGAUACGUGGCGAAGAUCACGCCUCUGUAUCGGAGGAUGAUGAGGUGGAUAAUGCAUUAUCACGUUGUAAUGCCACAGAGCGUUGGUCAUGCUCAUCAGAGGCAUAUGAGUCGAUAAGUCCGUUGUUGAUGCAGCAGAGAUAUGAUGAACUUUCCAUAUCAUAUAAGCAAUGCCGCCGACAGCUCAUAAAAAAGGAAAAACUACUCAAGCUGAGUCGUUGUGAAACCGAAACAGCCAAAGCGCGUUAUGAUAACCUUUUAGAUGAAUAUCUUUUGGCGCAAAAACGUUUAGAGCAGGUAUGCUUUAAAUAUCUGCAAUUACAGGCGCAAAAGAAUUUGGAGAUUCAACGCCUACGCGACGCUCUCAACAGUGCCACUGAAUGUAUUAUGAAUGCUCAACAAUUAAUCGAUUGUUUGGAUGAAGAAACGAUUACAUUAUAUAUGAACGAAAAUCUGAAUAAUGUAUUUAAUGACGAUAACGACGACAACAACAAACAUGAAACUAACGAAAUGGACUGCAUAAGAGAAUUUAAACAAAAUUUCGAGUUAUUUGUGAAGUCUUUACGUCUCUGCCAGUGGAUACAACAAAAUGCGAAUGACUUAAAAGUGGAAGUAAAAAAUCAACAAUGAAGCUGAGAAUUAACUCCAACUAUGCCGAGUUAAACUUAUAUCAAUGAGUGUGAGUGAUAAGAGUUGUUUUAACUAAAAUUUUUCGAUGAAAAAAAA